CAAAGAAACUAAAUUAAGUAAAGUAAAGUAGAUAUUUUCUUUAAAAAAGCUCCAAGAGAUGGCAAGAGUUGUUAAAAUCGAUUCUGCAGAGUCAUGGAACUUUUAUGUGAGUCAAGCCAAGAAUCAGAAUUGUCCUAUUGUGGCUCAUUUCACUGCAUCAUGGUGUAUUCCUUCGGUGUUUAUGAACUCGUUCUUCGAAGAGCUUGCGUUUAGCUAUAAGGAUGCUCUAUUUCUCAUAGUUGAUGUUGAUGAAGUUAAGGAAGUGGCAAGUCAACUAGAGGUAAAGGCGAUGCCAACUUUCUUGUUCUUGAAAGAUGGUAAUACGAUGGACAAAAUCGUGGGCGCAAACCCUGAUGAGAUCAAGAAAAGGGUCGAUGGUUUCGUUCAGUCCUCACGCGUUGUUAAUAUUGCUUAAGAGAGAUAUAUAGAUAAGAGCAGAAUACUAAAUAAAGUUUGUGUGAAGUGUAAUUAGUUUGUGACUUUGGAAUAUGGUUUGUGUGAAAUUUCAAGUGUAAGUGUAAAUUUUAAUAAAAACAAGUUCUGUUUUACUUUCA